AUGACUGCUAUAGAAGCUCCGACUAGACGGUCCUCGAGCAUGCUCAUAGAGGACAAUGUCGGCCUUGACGACGAGUUGCGACUCAUUUCCCACCCUAUUCCAUCACUGGACGAGUUUUGCAACAGUUAUGGGCUCGAGAAGGAUUGGAUACUGAGAUUCACUUGGGGCCUAGUUUUGGGAAUCUACAGUGGUGAAAGCAAUGUUUGCUUUCGUUGCAUUCGUCGCGGAGCUGUUAGUAACGAGUCAACUCUGGAAGAAUGGGUACAUCGAAUGGAGCUUGACAGGAGUACCCCUAUCAUAGACCUCCUGAAGAAGCUUCAUGGCAAUAGGUCGUGCCAGAAUGGUGGAUUCUCAGAAGAUGUCGUCCAGGAUUCAGCCCUGGAGGGUCAUGACACCGUCUUGAUGCUCAAUAUUGGUCUUGGGAGAGCUUCUCAAGUGUUAGAGGAAAAUGAUAUGGCCAAUGUAGGUCCCAUCUAA